AAAAUUUUAAUCGCGUUUGAGAAGUUUUGCAAAUGCUACAGAUCAUAUUCACCGAAAAAUCAAAUGAAGAAAUAAGACGAAGAUUCUAAGCCUUUGCAACAAAUAAGCUCACGACCAUUGAGAACAAAGAAUAUUUAAAUAAAAGUUUGACAUUGCAUUUUGUGAACGAAGAGAUACAAAUAAUUUAUUUUGCUUCUAGAACAAUACAGCACGAGGUCAUAGACGAAUGUGUGGUCAAAGAAAGGUAUCAAGAGGAAUUGCUUGUAGUAGUGUAAUCACAAAACAAUUAAUAGAUUUAACCAUAAUCGGAGACAUAUAACAAAAACACAAUGGCAAUAUAUUGUUGGGGUAAUACAACGCACGGUGAAUUAGGUUUGGGUGGCAUCGAAGAUGAACAGAUUCUGACACCACGUAAAAUGGAUUGGAGUCCACCCAACUCAUGUAUUAUACAAGUUAGCUGUGGUAGUUGGCAUACCUUAUUUCUAACUUCAGAUGGAAAAGUAUUUUCAUGCGGCAGCAACGACAAUGGCCAACUGGGACAUGAACUGCAAACGAAAAGGCCACAAUUGAUAGCAGAAUUGGACACGUAUGAGAUAAUGCGUAUUAGUUGCGGAGCACGCCAUUCCAUUGCUUUAAACGAAUGGGGACAACUUUUUAGUUGGGGCCAUAACGACUAUGGCCAACUUGGCUUAUCAAAUGAUAAAGAUUUUGUUAGUGUACCAAAAAUAAUACGCAACUUACUUGCUAAGAACGUUAUACAAAUAUCAUGUGGUAGUAACCACAGCGUGGCACUGACAAAUUGUGGUGAAUUAUACUCUUGGGGCUCCAAUAUAUAUGGCCAGUUAGGUAUAGCCAAUGGUAUCGAAAUAGUGCAUUCAAGUAUACCGCUUCCCAUCACAUCGCUGCAGGGAAUACCAAUUGCUUAUGUUGCAUGUGGUGGCAAUCAUUCGUUUGUUAUUUCUAAAUCUGGUGCGGUCUUUGGCUGGGGCCGUAACAAUGCCGGGCAAUUAGGUCUGAAUGAUUACAAUAAUCGAUAUUAUCCAACUCAGCUAAAGACGUUACGCAGCUUGGGAGUUCGUUAUAUAGCAUGCGGUGAGGAAUUUUCCGCUUUUCUUACGAAUGAUGGUGGCGUUUUUACUUGCGGCUCUGGCAGAUAUGGUCAGUUAGGGCACGGUGGCAAUGCCAAUGAGGUUUUGCCACGAAUGGUUAUGGAAUUGAUGGGUAGUACGAUUACGCAAAUUGCUUGCGGCAAUAGGCACACAUUAGCUUUAGUGCCAUCCCGCGGUCGCGUUUAUGGCUUUGGACUGGGAUGUUCUGGUCAGUUGGGCACUCGCGCCACAAAUAAUUCAGCAAUACCUCAAGUAGUUUUAGGACCAUGGGUUUCACCUAGUGGUUCAGCAUUGAUACAAACUGAGCUCGCCGAAAAGUCUGAGUCUUGUUUCUUAAUAAAACAAAUCUUUUCGGGUGGUGAUCAUUCCCUGGUCACAUGCACUUAUUAUGCUGAUAAAAUUCCGGCCACUGACUGUCGUUUAUAUGACGCUCGAACUCAAAUACUUCAUUUAACCCAAGAAGCAGCCGAACAGUGUUCCCAAGUUCACUGCGAUAGUAAUAUUGAUAUGGAUCUUUUAUCAGCGGUUGAAUUGAUAUUCAAGAGUCAAGCUUGCAUAAACGGCUCUUUUUUGUUAUCCGAUGAUCAGCAUUUUUGUUGUACCUCUAAGCAUCAUGGUGUAGAUUUAAAUGCAGCCGCUAAAGCGUUUAAUUAUUUAAGAAAUGUCGAAAACGAUGGUCUUAAGUCUUUGAUAUGGGAAAAAAUAACGAAUGAAUUGCUACCGUCAUUAAACUCGUCGCCGGCAGACGUUGAAACUUUGCGAAUUUACUUGGUUUUACCACUGUAUCAUGAAUUUGUCAACUCAAAAAAUUAUGAAAGACUUCAUACACCCUUUAGUACAGCAAUAACACGUUUAACUGAAAUUCCUCGAAAGAUCGUUGCCAAAUGGUGGUCUCAAACUUCCAGUGAGUGGUUUGAGCAGUUGGUGUCGAAUUUCAAAAAUGUUGUUGCCUAUAUAAUCAGUUUCAAAGUAUCUCAAAACACGGGUCAAGGCGAGAAAACACUUAUUACCUAUAACAGACAUUUGAUGGCAGCUUUGAAAUUGUUGGUCUUUUUACAUCGCAUUAAUAAUACCGAACGUAAAACCAAAUUACACUAUGAACUAUUCCAUUGGCCUGAAUUGACGGAUUUUGUUGAUAUCCAACAGGAGUACCUACACUGGUUGUUCGAUAAAACGUCUGAUUCUUUUCACAUCUGUAACUAUUCAUUCCUAUUCAACGCAGCUGCCAAGACGGUAUUAUUACAAACCGAUCAAAUUAUCCAAAUGCGUCACGCAAUGCAGAGUGCCACCAAUAGCAAUUUUUUUAAUCUCGUUACCUUCGGUGCUUUUGCCUCUCAAUUCAUUGUGUUAAACGUUACGCGCGAAAACCUGGUUCAAGAUACUCUCCGCGAAAUUAUGCAGUACAAUCAAAAUGAUUUGAAAAAACCACUGAAGAUUAAAUUUUGCGGUGAAGAAGGUGAAGAUGCUGGCGGCGUACGCAAAGAGUUCUUUAUGCUAUUAUCAAAGGAUCUUAUUGAUCCGAAGUAUGGCAUGUUCAAAGAAUUUGAGGACUCACGUGUAGUUUGGUUUGCUGAUGUUUCAUUUGAGACUGAAAAUAUGUACUUUUUAAUAGGCAUAAUAUGCGGUUUGGCCAUAUAUAAUUUUACGAUUAUCAAUUUGCCAUUCCCGCUAGCGCUAUAUAAGAAACUUUUGGAAGAGCCCGUUGAUUUAACCGAUUUAUAUGAAUUAUCUCCAACAUUGGCAAAUUCCAUGCAACAAAUUUUGGAUUAUAAUGACGAUGAUUUUGAAGAGACUUUCGAUUUACAUUUUGAAAUAAUCAGGGACAUAUACGGAGAAUCGAAUUGUCAACCAUUAAAGCCGAAUGGCGAUGAAAUAGCAGUAACGAAAGAGAAUAGACAGGAAUUUGUGGAUCUUUACGUGGACUUCAUAUUUAAUAAAGCAGUGGAGAGCCAAUUUAAAGCUUUUCAAAAAGGAUUUAUGAAGGUAUGUUGGGGUCGUGUAUUACAAAUAUUUAGACCUGAAGAGUUGAUGGCUAUGGUUGUGGGCAAUGAGGAAUACGAUUGGCAGGCUCUUGAAUCAAAUUGUGAAUACAGAAACGGUUACCGUGCUACUGAUGAUACGAUUAAUUGGUUUUGGGAAGUAUUUCAUGAAUUGUCUUCAAAAGAUAAAAGGAAAUUUUUGCAUUUUCUUACCGGCAGUGAUCGCAUACCCAUACAAGGCAUGAAAGCCAUUAAAAUACUUAUACAGCCGACACCGGACGACAAGUUUUUACCUGUGGCACAUACCUGUUUCAAUCUUCUGGAUUUACCUCGUUACAAAACAAAAGAGCGCCUAAAAUACAAACUGCUACAAGCCAUUCAACAAACUCAGGGGUUCAGUCUUGUUUAAUAGUUAAAAUAAAAGGCGUCAUUUUGUUAAUAUGAUACAUCACAUAUUCACAUAUUCAUUGUUAACUGCCAGCAUUACCAUGCGUUUGCAGAUUUUCUACUCAUUUCCUUUUCUGUAUCAUCUUCGCUUAUCAAUCUUAGUACUUGAAACUUCCCUUAUAAAAAAGACCUUGCAAAGUUGUUUUUAACGUUAUCUAAAUGUCAUAAUAAUACACCUAUAUAUAUAUAUUUUUUAAACUUAAGUCAUUUUUACUGAACUAUGUAUGCAGAUUGCUUUAGUUUGUUUUCUGUUGACCAUUAUUAAAUUU